CAAACAAUUACUUGCAAGUGCACAUAUCCAAGGUAUAGAAAAACACAAUGGAAAUGCUCAUUGGAAGAGCAUUGCAAUUCCAAUCCUUCCAUUCUUCAGUAGAUGCCAUCUUUUGGCACCAGUUGAGCAGUUACAAAGUUGAACAACAGAAAUUGGACGCGUCGCCGGUUGUUAUUCAUGGACGAUUCAACACAUACUCACGAAGCGCAAUUUCCAUUGUAUUUGGUAAAGCACCGGAAAACAGCUCGAUCAAAGAAUGUAUUGCUGAAGGUACUUUAAUCAAUGCUAAUACUCAACAAGAGUUUGUGGAGGCAAAUGUUAAAGAAAUACGUGAAAGUAUGGGAAAAAAGUUACUGGAGUCAAUUGAAAAGGAUACGGUAGCCGAAAAGCCAAACGAGUUGAUUCAGUUUUUACUUUUUUCAUAUGCAGACAUAAAAUCCUAUCGUUAUCAUUAUUGGUGCCUUUUUCCAUCUUUAAAAAAUACAUCUCUCUGGAUCGUCAAGGGUUCGCAGCCUGCAGAAUCCGUCAUUCCUUCAAAUAUCAUCUCGCCUAAAAUUCUAGAGUUUUGGAAAACCUCGGAUUUUACACAAAGAUCUUUUUUUAUUGUUGCAAAGAACGAGAAUGGCCGAUGGCUUGUACUUCCUUUGAAAGAGUUGCCAAGGUGCCUUAACAAUAGAUUGGAUUAUUUUAUUUUCGUUGUAGACUCGUUUCAAUUACAAGAAUAUCCUUCCUGGCCUACGCGAAAUCUCCUUGCUUAUCUUUCAAUUAAAUUCAAUCUGGAGAAAACGAGAAUAAUUAUGUAUCGAGAUGGUGUGAAUUCGGAUAGUUUGUCCAGAAGUAUAUACUUAGAUUUAGUCAGUCAAAAGAACCAGGAUUCCUCUCAACCUUUAUCUACUGUAGGUUGGGAACGAAAUGGCAAAGGUCAGUUAGGUCCUAGGGUAGUAAACUUGUCCUCUUUAAUUGACCCGGUCUUACUUUCCGAGUCCGCUUCGAUGCUCAACUUGAGCUUAAUGCGAUGGAGGCUCGUACCACAGCUUAACCUUGGUAUAAUUCAAAAUACCAAAUGUCUUCUCCUUGGUGCUGGAACUUUGGGUUGUGGUGUAGCUAGGAACCUUGUGUCUUGGGGUGUGCGUCACAUUACUUUUGUUGACUACUCGAACGUAGCUUAUUCCAACCCUGUAAGACAAUCAUUGUUCACUUUUGAAGAUUGUAAAAGAAAACACCCUAAAGCUCAAUGUGCAGCCUCUAGGUUAAAGGAAAUUUACCCAAAAAUGUUUUCUGAAGGCCAUUCAAUAAGUAUUCCGAUGUUAGGACAUCCAAUAUACAAGUCUGAAGUUGAGAGAACCAAGAGAGAUUAUCAGACCUUAGAAAAUCUUUUUUUAAGCCACGAUGCCAUCUUCUUAUUGACAGAUACCAGAGAAUCGCGCUGGCUUCCGACAGUUAUGGCUACAUCAUUGAACAAAAUCUUAAUUAACUCGGCACUUGGUUUUGAUAGCUGGCUUGUUAUGAGACAUGGAAGUUUGUCUCAAGGAGAGAAUCGUCUUGGCUGCUACUUUUGCAAUGAUGUUUUUGCUCCUUCCAAUUCUGUGAUUGACAGAACUUUAGAUCAAACAUGUACAGUAACACGUGCAGGAUGCACCAAUAUUGCAACUGCAAUAGCAGUGGAAUUAUUUGUUAGCCUUCUGCAACAUCCAGAUGGGAUUGGUGCCCCAGUAUGCAACAAAGACGCUACGGUUCUGGGUGAAUUACCUCAUCAAAUUCGUGGUUUUUUACAUGAUUAUAGUUUAUUUAAAAUAUCUGGAAAGGCUUACCAACAAUGUUCCGCUUGCAGCGAGUGCAUUAUCAACGAAUGGAAGAAGCGAAAGUGGGAUUUUGUUUUGCAAGCAAUUAAUGAUUCCGAUUAUGUGGAAGAGUUAUGUGGCCUGCGGCUGGUACAGCAGCUUGGCGAAAGAGCAGGAGCCAUGGAGGAAUGGGAUAGUGACAACGAAAGUAUUCUGGCAUAAGAGUAUGAUAUUAUGAUAACCUUUUUAACGAUUCUUUUUAAUGUAAUCUGAAGCAAAAUGUGAACAAGUUCUUAAUAUACAGAUCAUUAUAACACUAAUUAAAUUAAUAUUAGCAACA